UUCCUAGCACCAAUCCCUCCGUUCUUCUCCUGCUUAUUUUUCUGUUAGUUAUAUGAUUAACUAACCGUCGGCGUGAACACAUAGGAUUUGUUCUCUUAAAAGGUUAUGAUGGCGUGGACGGCAAUCUUAUUAACGCUGUCCAUUACAGCGGCAGUGUCAAGGUCUCAACCUGUUCAGAUCACCGGAAAGACGUCGGCACUCAUGUACUUAACGAAAUUCGGCUACAUGGAUCCAGCACCAACGAAUCCCAAUUUAGGCCCCGUGCUCUCCGUGGGAUCUGUGCAGAAAUCCAUCAUGGAAUUCCAGGCGUUCGCUGGCUUGAGCCAGACGGGCCAACUGGAUGAUGCGACAAUCGAGAUGAUGAAUAAGCCCCGUUGUGGUGUCAAGGACAAAACAAGAUACGGUUCCGAAGCCCGAAAGAAGCGCUAUGACCUGCAGGCAUCCAGAUGGCGUCCGCGUCGCCUCACAUACAGAAUCACCAAGUAUCCUAAGGCUCUUCCCAAGGCAGAAGUGGACGGAGAAAUUCGUGCAGCUUUCGAGGUGUGGGAAGACGCCACCAACCUCAAGUUCGAAGCCGUGAACGGCGGCAAAGUCCACAUCGAAAUCCGCUUCGAAAGAGCCGAGCACGGUGACGGAGACCCAUUCGAUGGACCAGGGGGCACCCUCGCCCAUGCCUACUUCCCAAUGGACGGCGGUGACGUUCAUUUCGACGAUACUGAAACCUGGACCAUUGGCAGUUACAGGGGUUUCAAUCUUUUCCAAGUAGCAGCCCACGAAUUCGGUCACUCUCUUGGAUUGUCUCACUCUGACGUCCAGUCUGCUCUCAUGGAUCCUUUCUAUCGAGGCUACCAGAGGAACUUCAAGCUUGAUAGAGAUGAUGUAUUGGGUAUUCAGGCUUUGUACGGACCAUGUAGGACAAGGACAUUGUGGUGUUUUUUAAAUAGUCUUCUAUCGAAUGGAUACACUUCAUAAUUGUGGACUGAAAAAGAGAGUUGGUUUUCAUCUCGUCAAGAUGUUGAGUUAACCACUCGAAGCUGAGGUUAUCUAUGAUCGAGUGUGGCGGCAGCGGUGCCAGAGAUGGGGAUUUAUACCUAAUUUUCGGGAUUUUGGGUUGCUGAUGGGGAUAUGGGGAUUUAAUGUCAGUUCAGAUCCAAAUCUGGAUGAUAAAUUGUCUCUAUUACUCUAGUAUCUUAAUUUAAGCCUAAGCCUAAAGAAAACAAAUUUGAUUAUUAAAAAAGAUAAAAAUUCAAAAGAUUUCAAAACAGUUACUUCAAGUAAGAGUUGUCGACGAGAAGAGAGAAAAUUCCCAAAUGCAACAAAAAGAGAAAGGUGUUACCAUGACCUUGAAUCAGAUAUGCCACCAGAGGAAUUUUGGAAUCAUAUCACAAAGAUGGAAACAGGGGAUGAUAGAAAUGAGUUUCUUGUUUUGACCAAUUUUCUAUUCUCCAUAUUAAGCCUCCCUCAGUCAAGCGCUACAACAGAAAGAAUAUUUUCUGUGUUAAUAUAAUGAAAACGAAAACAGAGGAACAGGUUGUCAAUUCAAACUUAAUGUGGCUGUCUUCAUUCUAAGCUAUAUUUAAAAAUCAACACUUUCUUUAAUUUUCCAUUUGAUAAGAUAAUGAUUAGUAAAAUGAAUUCCAGCCUCGAUGUUGAUGGGGAAAAUGAUUCUGAUUAAAGAGCAUAUUUUCAUAUUGUUAUCAAUUUUCAUAUUCAUUACAGUGUUAUUGUAACUUACGAAUGCAACAUGCCAGUCUUUCUUUAGUAUCCUCAAAGAAUUGUGUUAAUCUGUACGUUUUUUCUAAUCAAAUGUAUACGUUUUAUCUUUUUCAAUGAAAAUGUCAAUUAGUUUUAGGUUUUCAUAAUAUUGUAAAUCUUUAAAAUAU